AUGAGCGUAAUUACUUCGUCUUUGAGGCUGUUAUGUAAUGGCAGACAUCUCGACACUCGUCUGUUUCCAAAUCAUCCUGUUUGAAUUGCCGUUUUGACCUACCAAGUGGAUAGACACUCAAUAUUUCCUUAUAGAACAAUCUUGGUCCUUUAAUUUUGUCCACUUUAAGGUAUGAGGAAGCCAGGUAAGUUGAUAAGCAUCUUAACCAUUCAGCAUGCACUUGCUUAAUGGUUUCGGAGUAAAGCUGUAUACCUCUUUCAUAUACGUUGCUGCAGUAUAAUGAUUCAGGUUGCAUGUUGUAUAGUUUGUAUUUACACCAAGAUAGUAUAAAGCAAGUUGUGCUGUAACAUAGUGUAAUGAUGAAACUCAGGGUAAGUUGUAUGCUAAAGGUGCACACAGUAAUACAUGUUUUUCUGGCUAUUGUGCCAAUGAAUUUAAAGUCAUGGCAAAUGCUUUUAGCUAAUACAGCUGGAUUAAUUUUGUGAGUGUUCAGAGAGGGGUGGAAUAGUACAGAUAUGGUACCCUUUUCGUCUGACAUACUCAAUUAAAUUGGACUGCUAGAAGCUUUGCAUGAUUUCUUUCAUUUAAGUGUAUAUUUGGUAACGUGUUCUGUUCCGUAUGGUUUUUGCUUUUAAUGGGACAUUACUUUGUGCACCUUUAUAAUUGAAUGAGUACCACCCAUCUUGUUUGAUAUUUAAAAUAAAGUUUCUUUACAUGGCAAUUAUGACUCUGUUUUCUUAUGGGGUACAAAAUGCGAGUGUCUUUCUCAGUAACAGUGGCUGGUAUUGGUGUACACCGUAGGAGGAAAAUGACCUAAAAUGGAGGUAGAUAAGGAAAUGUACGUCUGGCAGUUUCGUUAUAAUCCCGUAAAGCAAAACGAUCUUUAUUCAAGACAUUUAUGUGUUGCAUAGGUCUAACCUUACAUAUUGUUGCUUUGUGACUUAGGGUAUAGGAAAAAACUUUGUUAACACAAUGCCGCUUCAACAGCUAAAUGAUAAACCAAUUGAUACACGACUCCGGACCCAAGCGUUCUCGGACGUCUUCCGCUUGUGGACCGGAAGUGCUACGACGGCGGACUCCAUUUUAGCAUUCACUGGUAUUCGAAGUUUGUGAGACUACGGGGUUUUACGGUGUUUUCAAGAGACAUCUUUCCUUCCACCUAUAUGACUUUGCCUCGAUCAAAAAUGGCUCAAGAUACUGCGCUGGAUUUGAAAGACGCAGGAUUGAAAAGACACAAUGAUCAGCUCUGCACAUAAUUAUUUUACCCAUGUUACACCAACUACUGUUGAAUUGCCCCUUUCCCUUUAAGUCAUUUUCAGCCAUCUUUGUAUUAGUUAAAAAAAAUAGUUAUUGUGCAAAAAUUUUGUUUUGCCUUCAGAUGUAAGGUGCAGUAUCUGAUUGUAAGCAUCAUUUUUAAGCUUUACAAUACUAAGUGAGUUUGUUUUCCAUGGUUGUUGUGACACUAUUAUUUACUUGUUUUUUUUCACCAGCUGUAAUUACGUUUAAGAUUUGUGAGGACAAUCUUGUUGUUUCUUUUGGUGGUGAAUUCUACAGCUGCGAAAUGCAUACUGAAAAAUAAAUUCAAAUCCAACAUUCCAACUUAUUUCAUAUCUUCCACAGGCGAUUGGUCUUAUAUGUAUGAACUGUUCAGAGCUAAGUUUGCAUCUGAUCAGAGAUGCUUGAUAAAUUGCUUAUGUUUGUGUAUAGGGUACAUUCAACUGAAGUUAUUCUGUGAGGUCUGAGAGUUUUCGUUUUGUGUACAUUGAGAUUUGGAAGUUUGGCAAAAUAAAUUUUUCUUUUUUUUAACCCCCGGAGAUGUGAUUUAAUAUAGAAUGUAAAACUGCCCGCACUGCUGUGGCUUGGCAACAUUGUGUACUGCUUUUGGAUGCAAACUGAUUGUUAUUCUGUGUUUGCCAAUGACUUUAUGGGAGGGUAUUUUUCAAUUGUAAUAGGCACCUUAAAGGGAUACAUCACCCAAAAAUGAAAAUUGUGUCAUUUACUCACCUUUCAGUUGUUUCAAAUCUGUUUAUUGUGUUUGCUCUGAUGAACACAGAGAAAAAAUAUUUGGAAGAAUGCUAAUAACCAGUCAGUUUUGCUCCCCAUUGACAACCAUAGUAGGAAAAUAUACAAGGGUAGUCAAAUGUCCCCCAGAUCUGUUUUCCAUCCUUCUUUCUUCAAAAUGUCUCUAAAAAACAAAUGCAUUUAAAAGUAUUUUUUCCUUCUAUGGAAGUCAAUGGGGGGCGAAAUCUGUCUGGUUAUAAGCAUUCUUCCAAAUUUCUUUCUCUGUAUUCAACAGAAAAAGAAAUGUAAACAGAUUUGGAACAACUGAAAGGCGAGUAAAUGAAACAAUUAUAUUUUAUGGGGGACGCAUCUCUUUAAAGUAUAAUGGUUGGAAGUGUGGCGUGUAUACGUGAAAAUGAAGUGUAAAUUCAGAUUGGAAAAUAUUAACCAACUCUCACUCAGGGCUUUAUUCACCUUUGAGACUGGUGGUAUUUACAAGCGUUUCUUCUUUAUGGGUGCCUUGGGAAGCUCUGUGAAAAUGUUUAUAAAUUUGAUUUUCUGUAGUUUGUAUAUUUUCAAAAGAAUUCAGGAGGGUGUUUUAUGAAUUAUCUUUUGUAAUAAACCAAUAUUUUGGUGACAAACGUCGUUUUUAUUUGAGUCCUCAUAUACUAGAGAAGUGUUUAAGGGUCAAAACUACACAGUUUUAUUUGGUGCAUAAGUUCAUUAUGUUGAUGAUAAAUGUGUUGGCAUUAUUAUAACCUAUAUGAUAACAUGCUGAUUUCAAAUAUUCACCACCUAACAGACUUGGCACGAGGCUUUCAAUACAAAGAAAAUGGGGGUGGGCAGUAUAAGUGCCAUGCAUUUUUAUUUUCAACCAGAUUUGAUUUGACGCAAGAGUGGCGCCAUUUCCUCUCGCCGCUGCAAGCACCGUGAAAAGGGCCUUAAAGUUGAAGUUGAAUUGUUACGAUGGUGAAAAUCUUCGUUGGGAACCUCUCGCCGAACACUACAGCGGAUGAUGUUCGCUCGCUCUUUUCUCAGUAUGGUAAGAUCUGCGAGUGUGUCAUAGUGAAAAACUUUGGCUUUGUGCACAUGGAUGACAAAGCAGAGGCAGAUGAAGCUAUCCGAAACCUUCACCAUUACGUGCUCAACGGUUUGGCAAUGAACGUGGAGCUGAGCAAAGGGAAACACAAGACGUCCACAAAGCUUCACGUGGGGAACAUCAGCAGUAACUGCACCAACCAAGAACUCAGGGCCAAGUUUGAAGAGUAUGGCCCAGUUGUGGAGUGUGACAUAGUCAAAGAAUAUGCUUUUGUUCACAUGGAGCGAGUGGAAGACGCCAUGGAGGCCAUCAGUGGCUUGGACAACACAGGCUUCCAAGGCAAACUGAUGAGCGUGAAGCUUUCGACUAGCCGCCUGCGUACCGCGCCGGGAAUGGGAGAGAGAACGGGUUGUUAUCGGUGCGGGCAGGAAGGCCACUGGUCCAAAGAAUGCCCAAUGGACCAGAACGGCUCCUACCGAGAGGGCUCAGGCUCGGGAGGAUAUGCACCCCACCGGUUUGGUGAGGGUGGCGAUCGUGGCGGCCGGGGUUUUCAUCGUGGCUUCAGUGGCGAGCAAAGCUACAGUGGCAGCUUUGUACCUUCACAUGGCUUCACCAGGGGAGCAGGGUAUGGUGUCCCUGGGUAUGGAAGGGGCGCGGGUUUUGAGAGCGCAAUGAAUUACGGUUUGCCAGCGGGUUAUGGCAUUGGCGCGGAUAAUAGCAUGGCCCCGGCGUACGGCACCGAAGCGGCGUAUGGGAGCAGUGGCAUGGGCUACGGUGGUGCGUUGCCUGCGUACUCAAUACGGCGACCGCCCUUUGAGGAAAGAGAUCCGUAUGGGGUGGUGGACUUCUACGAGAAGUAUCGGGCACGUCCGUACGGAAUCGGUUAUUUCGAAGAUAGACACGCGGUUCCACCUCCUGUCCCUCCUCCCCCGUCUUCCUCUGCGAUCGCGAGACCCACUUCUAACCUCGACCCAUACGAGAGGCGUCCCCUUCCCCCUCCUUCAACUCCCACCUCUUCAUACUAUGUCCGCGACCGAAGCCCAAUCCGGCGAGUUCCCCUAGAGGUGGAGGGAUACGGGUACGAGCGAACGCACAUCUCCCCUUCGCAUCCCAGCAGUUCUGUGUACGACGUACCGCGGGAUCCAUAUGCCGAGCAGGCUCACUAUGCUUACUAACCUAUAACCUGUACAGAUUCAGGUGAGAUCAUUUUAGGAUUACAAAAGGUGAGAACAAAUUUUGAUUACAUUUAGAGCAGUUGAGGGAAUUUGCAGUGAGAGUACUUUCAUUCAGUCUAUUGUGUCAUCAUGGACUUGACAUUACAUUCUUUCUCAGUGUGAUCCUCAGUGGAUAUUUAUGUUUCAGGUCCUAUUUGUCAAAAACAGUAGGAGAUAAAUGCUAAAGAUAUGUUGACUUAAGUUUUUGAUUGGUUAAAUGAAACCACUUUCUAUUACCUAUAAAAGGUUUCUAUACAAUUCACAUUGGCAGUUUGGUGUUAUGAAUACAUAAGUCCACAGAAUUGAUAUGUAACUUAUUGACAAUUUAAUAAUAGAUUUUUAUGUUUGCAGGUGUUUCUUGGUUGCUCACCUAUUAUUUUAGAAGAAUGAUACAUUCAAUCUUGGCUGGAUCAUGGACAGUACAGACGGCCCACUUCUUCACUGAACUACUUUCGUUAUCUUGGCUUAUGUGAUGUAGCCCUGUGAUUUUUAGUACAAAUACCUGUAAAUAUUUUUUUCAUUAUUAUUGGUUAAAAAGGGUUAAAAUAAAUAUUUUCUUUUGUUUUGUAGAAAACAUUGCCUGCAGUUGUUUUGAACAGUGUUGUCACUGACACCUUUUUUUCUUAUUAAUUUUUAACUUAAAUUCAACUUCUCUCCUAAGGAGACAAGGCCUUAAGCCCUCAACAACUUGGAAUUUCAUAUUACACAAAUAUUUUAUUUGGUGGAUGACACUCCAUCUAUUUAAUUUUUAGAAUCUCAUGUGGUCUUCUCUAAAUAUUUACCACCUCGAUACAUCAUGAUGCAUUUUAAUAAACCAGUCAUUCUGUAACUUUGAAAUGUUUUGUGAAAAGAUGAUUUUGCAGAUUUUCUGUAAUUUUCUAGUUGUGCAAAUGAGUGAAUAUAAAAUCUGCUCAUUCUGUAAUAAAACAAUUUUUUUUAAA